AUGUCGCAAGAAUUCAUUGAAGGUCAAUCACAAGCGGGUUCCUCUGAGGAUGACAGUGGCACGUACGAUGAAUGGAUUCCGUCGUUUUGCACAAGGUUUGGACACGAAUACUUCUGCCAGGUUCCGACAGAUUUCAUCGAGGACGACUUUAAUAUGACUUCUUUGCCGCAGGAAGUUCCUCACUAUAGAAAAGCGUUGGACUUGAUUCUGGACUUGGAGGCCAUGAGCGAUGAGGAGUACGAUGAGGAGGAUACUGAGAUUGGAGGGCAGAAUGGCGGCGAGGGGAAGACACAGCUAGUGAAUAGAAGCAUAGCGGAGCAUGCUGCGGAGCAGUUAUAUGGACUGAUCCAUGCGCGAUACAUUCUUACCAAGCCGGGAUUACAGGCAAUGGCGGAGAAAUUCGAUCACAAGGAGUUUGGGACGUGUCCUCGUUAUUACUGCGGCGGGAUGCAACUGUUGCCGUGCGGACUGAGCGACACGGUGGGAAAGCACACUGUGAGACUGUAUUGUCCCAGCUGCCAGGACCUCUAUCUGCCUCAGUCGUCGCGCCACCUGUGUCUGGAGGGAGCGUUCUGGGGGACCAGCUUCCCAGGCGUGUUCUUGAAACAUUUCAAGGAACUGGAAGAGUACGUUGAGAGGAAGAGCAAAGAGGCGUACGAGCUGAAAGUGUUUGGCUUCAGGAUAAACGACGUGGCAGUCUCUGGCCCCAGGAUGAAGUGGCUAAGGCAGUAUCCAAGCACAGAGGAAGAGUGGCAGGAGUUUGCGAAAUGUGAGUUUGAAAUUCCAAGCGUUGUCGAUGCGGACGCAUAG